AUGAUACCGAUUGUGCGGGUGAUACUGCAGGCACUGACCAUGCUGCAGCUGUGCCUCUGCCACAUUUCGCUAUUUCCACUGGCAGAGGAAAUGGAAGAAGACUUUCUGGCAAAAGCAGAGGCUGGUGAGUGGGUUGAUUUGCACGUAUUCGACGGACAGUGGCCCAAGAGGCCUGAGCACGUGACCGAGAAGGAGCGCACGAUUGCGGACGGGGAGAUCCCCCAAUAUGUGCUGGACCACUGCCCGUUGGUACAUCUGUAUAGCGAGGAAAUCUAUAUGCCUUCCGAUGUGAAAGAAUUUGUGCAGCACGUCAGGGUCGAAGACAAGCGGGGCAACGAAGUCCGGAGAGGGCCGCUGGACAUCGCUACCAGUUUUGCCGGGCUAGCUGGGGAGGACACCAGUGAUCUUUACCUGACUGCACUAGAGGACUUCAGCCAGAAUCCCAACUGGCUCCUUGGGUACGCUCCAGACUAUGGCACAGGUCGUAUUUCCAAUGGCCCAUCCGUGUUGAUUGUGGUCGACAAGGGUAAUGGAUGGGUAGAUGCUUUCUGGUUUUACUUUUAUCCCUUCAACCUUGGUCCGUUUAUCAUGGGUGCUGGGCCGUGGGGAAACCACGUCGGCGACUGGGAGCACUCGCUCGUGCGCUUUUUGAACGGCAAACCGCAGUAUCUUUGGAUGAGCGCCCACGGCAGCGGCAGCGGAUACGUCUACGAUGCUGUGGAGAAGAAAGAUCAUUGGAGGGUCGUUGAUGGUGAACUGCAGCGCACGGUGCUGAAGAGGCCGCUAAUAUUCAGCUCGCGAGGUACGCACGCAAAUUAUGCCUCUAUUGGACAGCAUGCACACGACGUGCCAUUUUUCUUUAGCCCGCUCAGUGACUUCACCGACAGGGGCCCACUGUGGGAUCCGUCCAUGAAUUUCUAUGCUUAUACAUUUGAUGGUACAACGGUCACCCCAUAUAGCAAGCGGGAACGCGAACUGGGUACCGAUUGGCUUUAUUACAAUGGGAGAUGGGGCGACAAGCAACUCAUUUGGUCAGACAAGCGUCAACACUGGUGUCUGCUACAAUGGAGAUAUAUAGAUGGGCCUUAUGGUCCCCUCAAGAAGAACCUCCAGCGCACGGGGCUCUGUCAAAGGGGCAGGUGGUGGACUUUCCAUCAGGGAUGUCCUAUCCGCCGGAUGAUAAAACGCGGCCAAGGAUUGGAUGCCGAACGGAAUGAUCUUGUGGGAGACAACUGUGGCAUUGCACUUUACAAGAUCAGACCUAAGUGGUUAAGAGCGCUUCUUCGGCUGAUUACUUGGCAGGGGCUGUUCUGUACCUUUAUGGAUUACUUCACUGGCUGA